UUCAAGUAUACAUUACAGUAAUCUACUAAACGCACACCAAAAAAAAUAGUUAAACAUGAAAUCCUCUAACAUCUGCUGCAUCCUGGCUACCGUACUGCUCAGUCUGUGCGUUUUCAACGCGGAAGCGGGUCUGCGCAAGCCAAAGAAGCUCACACCGGAACUGGAAGCGAAGUUCGAAGUUUUGACCGCUUGGAUUGCCUAUCGCCUCAACUUGAAACACGCCAAGGAAGCUUGCGUGGGAGAAUAUGGUUUUUCGGAUGAGCUCGCCACCAAUCUGGUUAAAAUAAAGGUGGCGAACCCAAGUGAUCGCGAGAAGUGCUACGUGAACUGUCUCUAUAAUAAAUUGGUAUUCUAUAAGGAUGAUGCCAUCAACAAACAGGCCAUGAAGGAGUCGUUGUAUGAAAUCGUGGGUGAACAACGCUUACUGAAUAUUGUUGAUGGUUGUCUCAACGCUGGCGGCACCAAUGCAUGUGAUAAGGUGUAUAAAUUCCAUGCUUGUGCCUCACCGGAAUUCGACAAAGUACGCAGUGAUAUAUUCUUACCCGAUGAAUAGUAAGGUCACAUGGAGGUAGAUGUGCGCUCAAAAAGUUGCGCAGGAGAGAGGAGAGUACUCGAAACCAUAAUUUGUUCUUAAACCUAAAAAAUAUUUUAGUUAUUAUAGUUUAAUUAAAAGUAAUAAAAAUUAGUAAUUAAAUAUCGAA